AUGAACUACGAAAAUCAUCCGGAAGCAUCAAGUUACAUAAGGGAUCUAUUGAUGAUGAAUCAGGGUCUGCAAAGAAUUCUGAGGAAACUGACCAGACCAGAAAAUACCUCUCAUGAGAAAGUGGCCGAUCUCCUGUCGGUAUUCUACGAUAUGGAAGACAGCGAAGACUGGAACGAUCCGCCGAUCUGUGUCAAGCCUUUUGCCGAAAUGCAAGAUGCUACGAUGUGGAUGGAAGACACGGACCUCUUCCCCCUUUUGCUCGAGCGCAGUUCCUACACCUUGGACGAUUUUCGGCGAGAUUUGCACGCAGCGGACAUAUCGCCCUAUGUCAGAAAGUCGAUACGGCGCUGCAGCUUCAACGGGAGCCCUUGUGAGGAAACGCCCGAUCCGAUUCGGAAAGGAUUCGAGGUCAAUAUACAAACGAUCUCCUACAUCGGCAUCAGGAAGAUGGAAUUGGAGCAUCUCGGCCCUGAAGACGGGGGGUUUUGCGCCCCAGAUGCGUACCUAACGCAGCGAUUCGACCCGAUAAUAUUCAAGAUUCCGGAAGUACCAAAAUAUUCCAAGGAGAUCUGCCUGAAUAUGUGCUGUAUGGAUCGACUGAUUAAUAACGUUUCGGAUAGCCGGAGCUGCCUCAAGAAGUAUAUAUUCUACUCCUCUCUGCUGACAAGCUCAACAAAUGCCUAUGAUUAUUGCAGCACCAAAAGUCAAGCAGACGCUGUAUUAUGGAUGCUUGAUACACUCAAGAACGAAAAUGGAUCCUGUGGUUGUCCCCCUCGAGCUUGCAGGGAGGAGAAAUACGAGUGGUCGUUGUCGUCGGCGCAGGUGAGUCGCGAGAAUGUCUUGCUCCUGGAUCUCAUCGCUUGGAUGAGGGAGCAGAAAAAGAGCAAGAGUAGAAGAAAACUGAAAGACAGCACCUACUGUCAUCAUCCCAAAGAGAAUUUUGCUGUGGUGAACGUCUACUUUGAGUCAAUGGAAACAGAAAAAAUCGUGGAAAGUCUCAUAUACCCUUGGUCGACCUUCGUCGGUACUUUGGGAGGGUUGCUGGGUCUCUACACCGGUCUCUCUUUCAUCUCCGUUCUGGAAGUACUGGAGUGGUUUUUGGACGUCAUCUUGUACGGUUGGAGGAAACCUCGACACCACAAGACGGGACCGAAGCGACCGGUCGAUCUCACUCGACAGGACACGACGGCAGUGGAGGUAGAACCCAAAGAGAAUGCCCUGAAGCAUCGAGGCUAUAAUGGAAGAGAUUCUCCCGUCCACUCUCGUUCGUCCUAGAAGAAAACUAAGGAGCUGGA